CAGUGUGUGGGAGAGAGAUCGUAAAACUUAUCGUACUUUAUAUAUUCGUGUGUGUUCGUCGGGUCGGGUUUAACACACACAUACACGUUUCAAGGCGCGAUUGUUACUUUCAUAUCGUGUUAUCGCCGUUAUCGAUAGUGGGUUUUUCGUUUGUCCGAGUCGGAUUUUCCGAUUUUUUAAGUGAAAAAAUGGGUUUUAGAAGAAACUCACAUUCGCAAGCGCAGGCGGCGAUCCGCGAAAAAUGCCAAGAGCUCAUCCUGAGCAACGCACAACUGGAAGAAUACAAGAAGAAACUGCUGAACGACUUGAAGAAAGGUCUCGGAAAGGCGACCCACCCGACAUCGAUUGUAAAAUGUUUCAUUACCUACGUCCAAGACCUGCCCGAUGGUUCAGAAACGGGUAAAUUCCUUGCACUGGAUCUUGGCGGCACAAAUUUCCGCGUACUUUUGAUCGAACUGAGCAAGAAUCACUUCGAAAUGCGGUCGAAAAUUUUCGCCAUCCCUCAGCACAUCAUGUUGGGCUCUGGCGAACAACUUUUCGACCACAUCGCCGAUUGUUUGGCCAAGUUCGCCAAAGAUGAGAAGAUCCAACACGAGGUUUUACCGUUGGGUUUCACGUUCAGUUUCCCGUUGAUGCAGAAGGGACUGACUAAGGGGAUUCUGGAGCGGUGGACCAAAGGGUUCAAUUGCUCGAACGUUGUGGGUAACGACGUGGUCCAGAUGCUCAAAGAUGCGAUUGACAGACGCGGGGACAUUCAGAUUGAGGUUUGUGCCAUUUUAAACGAUACCACGGGAACACUCAUGUCAUGUGCAUGGAAAAAUCGCUAUUGCAAGAUCGGCUUGAUCAUCGGCACUGGCACGAACGCGUGUUACGUGGAAGACCAGAAAAACGCCGAAAUGUUUGACGAGCCUGAUCGCGGUUCCGGCAAAGUGCUAAUCAAUUGCGAAUGGGGGGCUUUCGGAGACGACGGAGCCCUGGAUUUCGUGCGAACGCAAUACGACCGUGAAGUGGACGAACACACGGUGAAUCCCGGGAAGCAACUGCACGAAAAAAUGAUUUCCGGCAUGUACAUGGGAGAGUUGGUAAGACUGGCCCUCGAGCGCUUCACAAACGAGGGAUUGUUGUUCGGGGGUAAAGGUUCCGACCAGUUGUUUACCCGCGACCGGUUUUACACGAAAUACGUUUCGGAAAUCGAGAGUGAUCCCCCGGGAACGUUCACAAACUGCAAGGAGAUUCUCGAGGAGUUGGGCUUGAAACAUGCCACUGAACAAGACUGUAUUAAUGUGAGGUAUGUCUGCGAAUGCAUUUCUCGCAGAGCUGCUCAUUUGGCGUCGGCUGGAAUCGCCACGCUUUUGAAUAAAAUGAAAGAGCCGAGGGUGACAGUCGGGAUCGAUGGGUCUCUGUACAGGUUCCACCCACAUUUCCAUAAUUUGAUGAUGGAGAAGAUUUCCGAGUUGGUCGAGCCGGGGAUUGUGUUUGAUUUGAUGUUGUCUGAGGACGGGAGCGGACGCGGGGCUGCGCUAGUGGCAGCCGUGGCUUCACGUAAACGGUGAAGUUAGCUAGUGGUUAUUUUUGUAAAUACUAGGAUUUGUCCCAAACGACUUGGUUUGGGGCAACAAGUGGCUCCUAUCAACUCUAUUUUUUGUUAAAUUUUAUCAAAAUAAAAGUUAUUUAUUUGUUGUAUUUGUUUUACGGAAAUUUUUAUUGUAAAAUAUGUAACGUAAUUGUUUUUUACUGGCUUGCCAUCUACAAAUGAAAUGUAUUUUUUAUAUGCAAACCUUAGUCAUAAAUUAGCCGCGCUUUAAUUUAGAAACGACUGAAAUAUUGCAGUGUAGGUACUUAAAUCGUGUAACCUUUUUUCUAAAUGGGUUUAGUUGUAAACAAAUUAAUAAAAGAAUGAAACCAG